ACCUACAUCUACAAAGUGCUGAAGCAGGUGCACCCCGACACCGGCGUCUCCAGCAAGGCCAUGGGCAUCAUGAACUCAUUUGUCAACGACAUCUUCGAGCGCAUCGCCGCCGAGGCUUCCCGUCUGGCUCACUACAACAAGCGCUCCACCAUCAGUAGCCGCGAGAUUCAGACCGCCGUCAGACUCCUGCUGCCGGGCGAGCUGGCCAAGCACGCCGUCAGCGAGGGCACCAAGGCCGUCACCAAGUACACCAGCUCCAAGUAGAUCGACCGCCGCUGCUACACAUAACCCCGGCCUUUUUCAAGGCCACCCACAUCCCCA